GACCACCACCAACACCAUUGGACACUCAAGAACUUUUUGAAUGUCUAAAAAAUUUAUUACCUAAGGAUAAUGUUGAGAUUCCAUGUUCAAUUGAGUUGUCAUCAUCUUAUGCAUCAACAACUACCAAUUCAAUAUAA